AUGACCCGCACCGCGCACGCAUGGGUGCUAGCCCACCUGGCGAGGUUGAAGCAGCGGAUGCUGAAUGAUGAAUUAUCCGACACGCUGGCUGGCGAUCAGACGGACCUCGAGAUCCGGCUGGCGAGGUUCUACGUGCGGUGGCGUCUCCUCGCGGACAUCAGGUCUCUAGCGGACGCCGGCUUCUGGAUGCCCUUAGAUGGCAUAGUCGCGGGUUUGCAUCAUCCGCGACUCAAUGAGUCGGCGGAGGCGUAUCCACGGCGGCUCCACGAAGUGCUGACUGCACGGGCCCAGGCGGUGCCCGAGUUGCAGACCUCGUCAACCGGCAAGGAAAGUGAAGGGAACAAGCUUUCGAACUCACUUCUCCGCCUCCGGAGAUUGAUGUCAACAGUUACGGUGGCGGAGGACCAACUUCGCGUGGAACUGCGCGGGUCGUUGUCGCCCCCGCUGACGGAGCUGCCUCCAGCGCCGUGGAUUCAGAGGGCCCUCCGAGUUUGCGUGGAGACAAUGUCCGGUUUGCCAGCAGAUACGGGAGCGCAGACCAUUGACUUCGCCGUUUAUCGUAAUAUCUCCGACGAGGACUGA